AUGAAGAAAGAACAAACUAGAAGAACCUCCAAACCAAAAGGACAACAGUCAUCAUCCAAAACAAAAACAAACAAGAAGCCAAGCAGAUGGGAGGACCCAAAUUAUGUGCAGAUCAAGAGCAACAUGCUCUCCUUUGCAACAACAAUUGACAAUAUCAGACAAAGACUUGAACGUCGGAACGAUGUCUUAACACUGCUAUCAAAGACACCUUUUUGGACAUUGAUAGAUGCAUAUAUGCAGAGAAGGUUAACAAAGGUAGAGUGCAUGAAGUCUAACUAUGACAUCGUGAGACUCAUACAAGUUUAUGACACAAAGACAAAGAAGGUCAGGUUUAAUGAUGGUGACAGUGAGAUGAAAAGCCAAGAUGUGGAUGAAAUUUUUGGCUUGCCAAACAGAGGCAAGAAGCUACCAAGCACAACAACCUCAACAAGGCCAGAUUUGCAAUUUGUAAAGAAAUACUUCACGGGUUAUAAGAAGAUAACAAAGAGUUCAAUUGAUAAGUGCUUGAACUUAGCACUUGAAGAUGAAACAGAAGAGGGUGCUAUGGAUUAUUGGCUGUGUCAAAUAUCUAACUUGUUCACUCCAAUUCCUGGAAGAGAAGAAAUGACACCAGCGGCUGUCAAAUGGAGUCUUCAAGAACUCAACGCGAAGCUUAAUCAUAUAAAGAACAACCAGAUAAGGAUAAAAAGCACUAAAGCUCAAGAGCCGGAUGAUGAUUCUGAAGAAGAGAAUGAAGAGAAUGAUGACGAUUCUGAAGAAGAGAAUGAAGAGGAGGAUGAUGCUGCUAAAGAAGUGAAUGAAGAGCAUGAUGAUGCUGCUGAAGAAGAAAAUGAAGAGAAUGAUGAUGCUGCUGAAGAGGUCAAUGAAGAGCAUGGUGAUGCUGCUGAAGAAGAAAAUGAAGAGGAGGAAGAUGCUGAAGUGAAUGAAGAGCAUAAUGAUGCUGCUGAACAUCAAGUCCAGCAACACCACCAGAGAAGACCUCCAAACUGA